AAUGGUUGAAUGUCAGAUGCUUGAAAUACAAGACGACCAGAAUACACUGGCGCGUAGUGCUAUCGCGGAGCUCCGCAAGCAACAGCCACAGAAGCCAGAGGCUCAAGAGCUGCAGCACGAGCUCGUAGAAGAGAUUUACGAACGUAUUUAUGAGGCAAUCUGCCAAAAGCAACCUAAAAACAUUGUACAAUUCAUUGUCGACUUCCUGUGCGAACACUACCCAGAACACCUACACAGCUACUCCAAAUUACUCAAAGCAGAACCCGAAUUGGAGGCUAACCGCAUGAAGGUGCUUCAAUUCUUUAACUAUUAUCAUUUACCGGUUGAAGUGGGAUGGCAUUUUACAAAUGCCGGUUUCGACACGUUGGAUACCAUACUCACACUCAACAAGGACUCAUUGGCUGAAAUUGAGUCCUAUUCAGAAGCCCAGUGGCUUCCAGGUCACAAAGUAAGGCUAUACGCCAUGUUCGACGAUAUCAAGAAGUACGUCGAAGAGUUUAAACGUGAGAGCAGUGUCUACACAAUAUAAUAC